CAGAGGUGGCUGAGUGAGGGGAGGACUGCGUGAGCUUCUUGCACAGCGUUAUUUUUAGCACCUGGUUCGUGUUGCAGCGUCGGGGUCGAGAGAGAGAGAGGGACUCUUUCUUUCUCCAUCUCUGUGUCACAGUUUGAGGACUAUACGCAACGCACCGCGGUAGAAAGCGAGGAGGAGGAGGAUAACGGAUUGACAGAGCGGGGAGGGGAGCAGCAGCAGCACCACCACCAACAUACAUCUGAGUGGAGCUUUUACCACAUAUCAUCCGUAUCAUCACCGUCCCACAGACUCCUCCGGUCCUCGUUAAGCGGCCUGCCCGGAGAUGGCCAGCCAGGCAGCAGGUCGAGAUGCCCCGAACGCCUCACGGGACGAGCCGGAGUCGUCGGAGCCUCAGCCGAGCCAUCCCGAACCAGCUUGUCAGGAGGCACAGAAAUGGAUAGAGGCUGUAACGGGGAAGAGCUUUGGAGACAAGGACUUCCGCAGUGCGCUGGAGAACGGCAUCCUGUUAUGCGAACUGCUGAGUGCAAUCAAACCAGGCCUGGUCAAGAAGAUCAACAGACUGCCCACCCCCAUCGCUGGGCUGGACAACCUGUCAGUCUUCCUGCGGGGCUGUGAGGAGUUGGGCCUGAGAGGCUCCCAGCUGUUUGACCCCGGAGACCUGCAAGACACUUCCAUACGAGCCAAUCUCAAGGACUCCGACUGCAACCGCAAGCUUAAAAAUGUGCUGAACACAGUGUUCUGGUUGGGGAAGGCUGCCAGCGGCUGUGCCUCCUACAGCGGCCCGACUCUCAACCUCAAGGAGUUUGAAGGGCUGCUCGCACAAAUGAAGGUGGAAAGUGAGAGAGGAGGGGAAAUCUCACAGAACCGCAGUGUGAGAGACAGCGGCUAUGACUGCUGGGAUUCAGAGAGGAGUGAGUCCCUCUCACCACCACGACACACUCGAGACAACUCCCUAGACAGUCUGGACUCCUUUGGCUCCCGCUCACAGCACAGUCCCUCUCCUGAUGUCGUGAAUCGGGGAAACAAUGAUGGGCGAGGCAGCGACUCAGAGGCAGAUGCCCCCAGCAGAAAGCCAGAUGUGCGAAAGGAUGACAUGUUGGCCAGACGGACCUCCAGCAGUGAAGCGAGGAGUUCAAUUCCCUUUAACCAGUUUCUUCCCAACCGAACCAACGCAAGCUCCUACGUCCCGAAUCCGCGCCGAAAAUCACACAUGGAGGAAGGAGAGCAGAGAAGGAUGAGCCGACGAGUUGCUUUUAUGUCUGAGGACACUGAGAGUGUGAGUAUGAGUGACAUGCUUAACGAGGACGAGGUGGGGCAUUUGCCGACACUGAGCCAGUCACGUUAUGAGCGUAUGCAGGAACAGUACAACAACUUCGAGGAUGACGAGGACCAGUGGCAAAAUGAACUGACUCGCUGGAAGAAUCGCCGCCGCAGUGCAUCACAAGAGCUGAUCAAGAAGGAGGAAGAGAGGAAGAGGAUUGAGAAGAGGAUGAAAGAGGAGCGAAGUGACUGCAACAAGAGGAAAAGCAUUAAGACCUACAAAGAGAUCGUGGAAGAAAAAGAGCGCAGGGAGGUAGAGUUGCGUGAAGCCUACAAGAACGCAGCAACUCCAGAGGAGGCAGCCAUGAUUUUACAGCGUUAUGCUCUCCGCUUCACCAUCAGCGACGCAACACUGGACAGUCUAAAACUCCCCAGAUCCACCUCAAAACCCAAACCGGACCCAGACCAGGUGGACAAAGAGCACAAACCUGUUCAUGACUCUGAGACAUUGGACCCUCUGCAUGAACCAGAAUCAACUGUUACAACGGACCAGAAGCACACAAAACCUGAAGACAUGCAGAUAGAUAAAACCGCUCAACAAGAAACUUUGGACGCUGUCUCUUCCAGCCCCUCAGCACCUAAAAGCCCCCUCCCCUCUGUCACACACUUAGAAAACACACCCCCUCAUUCCCAAGACGUUCAUGAACCUGAAACGCAACCGACUGAGUCUCCAAGCACACACAAACAACCAAUUAAAGAAGACGCACAGCCUGAAACCAAACAGACUCCACCUCAGACUGCAGAAGUGCAGCCUCACACCCCAACACCUGUACACCCACUCCCCUCCCUUCCAUCUGUGUCCGCCAGACCUGUUCCUCUCUUGGCAGCCAAACCUUACUGCCAGCCCCGGAACUUGCAGUCUGGACACAAACCUGUCAAGAUGGACGGGUUGGUGCGAGUGAAUGGAGAGGCCACAGAGGACUCAUCGGUCACCAUUCCACCUGCCUCCCCUCUGCACUCACCAGAGGAGAACAAAGAUGUUCCCUCCAAACUGAAGGAAACAGAAGUCCCUUCCAAACAGACGGAAACAGACGUCCCCUCCAAACAGACUGAAACAGAGGUCUCCUCCAAACAGACUGAAACAGAGGUCCCCUUCAAACAGACUGAAACAGAGGUCCCCUCCAAACAGACUGAAACAGAGGUCCCCUCCAAACAGACUGAAACAGAGGUCCCCUCCAAACAGACUGAAACAGAGGUCCCCUCCAAACAGAAGGAAACAGAGGUCCCCUCCAAACAGACUGAAACAGAGGUCUCCUCCAAACAGAUUGAAACAGAGGUCCCCUUCAAACAGACUGAAACAGAGGUCCCCUCCAAACAGACUGAAACAGAGGUCCACUCCAAACAGACUGAAACAGAGGUCCCCUCCAAACAGAAGGAAACAGAGGUCCCCUCCAAACAGACUGAAACAGAGGUCCCCUCCAAACAGACUGAAACAGAGGUCCCCUCCAAACAGACUGCAUCCACUCAAGAGACGGCAGCGCAGUUGCCCCCUCGUCAGACGGAGAAACCCCCCUCGUCUUCAGGCUCCAGCAUCAGCUCUCUGCUCGGUGGCAGAAACUGUGUCAUCAAGACGACUAUUGUGACAGAACUCACGCAGACUCAUGUGGAAUCGCUUCCCCUGGAAGUCCAAAGCAAUGGACAGGUGAAUGGCACUAUGAGAUCAGUCGGAAAACCAGCAGAGGAAGAAAAGGCUCAACCAGUUGUUUCACCCUGCAGCAUGCAAGAAUAUUCCCCCACUGUCACAGAGGGACUCGAGGAGAGCAAUGUCAAUGAGCAAUACCAGAAAGAGCAGGAGAAGCUGAAGAAGGAGUGGGAGAAAGCACAACUGGAGGUGGAGGAAGAGGAGCGAAAACACAAUGAAGAGGAGAGAAAGAUCCUAGAGGAGACUGUAACACCCCUCAAUCCUUCUAGCCUGUUCAACCAGCAGUCAUGCCAGACAGGGAAGACUUCAUCAGCUCCAGAAAACAAUGAGACACAGAGCAGUCUCGUUCCCCUGCAGCAAAAUGGCCAAAAGAUCUCCACAGGGAACGAGGAUCAGCACGCUUCCAAGCUGCAUUUCUUCCAGGAUUCUGCUUGUGAUGGUGAGCCUUCAAAGAAACAGGAACUGUGGAAGACGUCCUCUCUGGACAGAAACCCUCAGCUGAAUCAGGCAAAUAUUGUUAAAAGGUCUGGUUCCCAUGACAUCGUCUCCGACAAAAAGCAGCCCUCCUCAUCAUCACCUCAACCUCCUUCACCCAGCAGAUGUGUCAGUGGAAAGAGAUUAUGUACUGGCUGUUCUCAACCUCUGGGAAAAGGAGCUGCCAUGAUCAUCGACACACUAGGACUUUUUUUCCACAUGCAGUGUUUCAAGUGUGGAGUGUGUGAGGGGCAGCUGGGUGAUACCACAGCAGGGACUGACGUCAGGAUUCGUAAUGGACUGCUGAGUUGUCAUGACUGCUAUAUUGCAUCUCGAGGCAAGGGACAGCCCACCACUCUAUGAUGACCUGUAUUCCGGAAACCUGACCAUCACUGGCAGUGAUUGGACAGAAAACAUUCUAGAAGUGACACAUCCUGGACAGACUGGAAAAUUCCGGAACCCUCACCCUCGGAAUCUCCUCAGAACUCUGGAAUCAUUGUUCAGUUUUACGGAUACUGAACACAAUACUGGACUAUUGGCUUAAUAUCACACGCACAUCAAGUACAGUACAUGCUUCUUGAAGUCCCAGUGAAAUUAAAUAUUUGAGGGAUUUUAAAUCAAACCUUUCGCAUUUGAUUGGACCAGUAAAAAGUGGGCAGGUCUUACCGAGUUAAGUGCAAUAUGGAGCUGUAAAGAGAAGACCUUUGGCUCUGCACACACCUCCCUCACCUGUUAGAUCAGGAAGAGAUGAAUGAAUUAGAUUUUAGCUUUUGCCUGCUGAUAUCCAAACACACAUCUCUUCCUAUCUUUCUCCAUAUUGCUCUGUUAUCUAUUGGACCCACAAAUGGUGAAGUUUGGUUUUAUAUAACCAGCAUGGCUACCUACUCACCCAGAAUCACAUUUGAUUGGAUGAACUUUGGUAAAGACCCCUGAGUGCAGCAUGAGUCAUCAAACACUUGAAACCGUUUUACGGGAAGAGAGACAGUGAUUGCACAAUUAACAGAAAGACUAAGGAUUAAAACUGGGGAAAUGUAUUUUUCAUUUCACUGGGACUUGAAUUGUACACAUGUAAACCCCUUUUUUAAAAAUAUGUGUAGCAUGGAUUUAAGAAAUCAGUGUGUUUAUGACUUUGCACAUCCAUACUCAGCACAAAGUUUAGAAUAACAAUAAUCUGUUCUACUGCAGUACAAGCUAAGUAUUUUACGCUACAAGCUAAACACUACUGUCUGUUACACAUCAGUCCCAGAAUCUGAGUUUCAUUAACCCCCGCUUCUGCGCUGAUCAUGUGACUCCACUCCACUGAGUGUGACGUGAAGUGGUUCGGGUUGGAUAACCUGAAGUAGCCUGACCAUUAUAAUGCCUUACUCAUACCUUCUCAUUCAUUUUUUGUGUUUACAGUUUUGCAUGAGAGAAGAACAUAUAUAAGUUAUUGUGAGUGUUGCUCAGAUGGAAACGUGUGAGUUUGACGUAGGUUUUUAUCUUCUCGACAGUUUAACUUUCUUCUUAAUAUGUUGUACAUCAUCAUCAUCAUGGUUUUGAAUUUUUAUCCAGUUGCUCUUAACUGUGGCGGAUUAACCCACACGAACAUUUUCUUUAUAAUUAAUUCUAAAAGAAUGAGAAUGCAUGUUAGUAAUAAUACUCUAAAUAUUUUCCCUUUUAAGAUGUUUUAACCAUUGUUUAUUCUCAUGGGUUGAUUGCAUCCGAAUCAGUGCCUUAUGUAAUGAAAGCUAGUGUAUGUGAGGGAGUAUUUCACACUCACACGGACCUCUGAGUCUAAGCACAUUGUGUGUGGGUGUAUGUGUGGGUGUGUGAUGAGUGUGUGCAUAUGUGUAUGAAAUCAUGCAUGUAUAAGUAUGUAUGCAGUGUGUGAUUUGACUUUAAGCACAGUUCCAUACCAGCAAAAAAUAUAUUAAAACGGAUCAGCGUCUCCUAAUCACCUGCUGUCCUCUUCCACCCCUUCCUACGAGCUAAACCAAUGACACAUUAUUUGCUGCUUCCUCGUUAAUUAAUCCCUGUAUUAUGUCCAUUCAAAAUGUCCUACUAUCUCUCCUCGUCUGCCUCUAUCACAAGUGUUGCCUCCCCAGAGUCUGAGCUCUCUCUCCUUUCUGUGUUACUGCGAGUAUCUGGAGCAGAGGUCACAUGACAGUGUCUUCAUCACUCAGAGGAAUAGAGCGCUCAGUUCAUUGUCUUUUAUAGCAAGUGUAUGUUUAUCAAUAAAAUAUUUUAAAUGG